AAACGUGGUUUAAAGGUUAACAUGGUAGACAGGUUAACAUAUUGAGGUCAGUAUCAUAUCACACAUCUUCUGUAUUCACUGACCACAAAGCGACACUGUCGCUCGAGCAUCACUGUCUGACAUUGUCUAGAAAAAACUGUAUCAUAAUGCAAACAGAGAAGCUGCCAUUUUUACAGAGCUGAGGGAAGAGGAAACUCUUGUUCUCCAUGAGGUAUUGUUUUGCUGGUAAAGCUUCAGUCACACUUUUCACGCAUCAGCAAGAGUUUCCUUUUCAACCUGCCCUCAUUCUCUGCACUGAAGCAAGUACAGUGAUGUGUGACUUCUAAGGGAUGGAGGAAGAACUCAAUUAUGCUACCGUGGUUUUCAAAAAUGGUGGUGGAACUCCAAAAGAGAAAAAUGAAGACUUCACAAUUUAUUCUACAGUAAAGACUAAAGGGUCUGCUACUACUGUACCAACAGAUGGUGAAGCAGCUGCACACUCUCAGCACCUUCGUCUGUUGGCAGUGUGUUUGGGGAUAAUUUGUGUCCUCCUGGUGGGGAGCCUCAUCUACAUCGGUGUGGUAAUGAGUGAACAGAAAGCGAAAUUCACAGCCAAUCUCAGCAACCUCACAGCAGAAAAUCAGCAGCUGGUCAUGAAGAACAGCAACUUAGAGAGUAAGACAGAGGAGCUGAGCAGAGACAGAGAUGAUCUCAACUGGACGCUCACAGUCAUCCUGAAAUUCAACAGCUUUCCAGUAGAUAAGUACUGCCCUCAGAAACAGUGUCAGCCGUGUCAGAGAGGCUGGAUUCUGUUCCAGGAAAAGUGCUAUCUGUUUUACAUGGAAUACAGGUAUUGGAAGACAUGGCGAGAAAGCCAAAUUUAUUGCCAAAGCAGAGCUGCAGAUCUGGUUGUUAUUGAUAGUCUACAGGAACAGGAAUUCAUCAGUAAUCACAUUGAGUACUAUUACGACAAGUAUCAUGGAUACUGGUUCGGAUUACAUCAGACUGCCGACAAAACCUGGCUCUGGGUUAAUGGACAUAAUGAAACCCUAGGGUACUGGACCGCGCAGGCAGCCAUUCAACUUGGUGAAGCUGGUCCAUGUGCACUGAUGAUCCCCGAGAGGAAUCCUACAGCAAGCUGGAACACAGCAAGAUGCAAGAUGCUGAACAGAUUCAUCUGUGAGAGUGAAGUCCUGAUAAGGUCCAAUUAGUUAGCAUUACCUUUGUUUUCUCGGUGCGUUCUGGCUCUAUAUGCUACAAACUUAAUUUCAAAAACCGUUUCAGCAGUUUCCGAAGACGAGAAACACAUAUAAAACAAUAGAACAAUAAUGUUCCUCAGAUAAGGUAAGGAUGUUUUAGUAUGUAAGUGUUCAUCAUUUUGCGUACCUAUAAAAUUGUUUUAAAAUGUUGUGUAUUGUGUUAGCUAUUGUGUCAGAUGUUUUUAUGGACAGAUAUCUAGUUUGACUGAAGAUGUGCAAAGUGUAAACUCAAGAAAUGAUGGCCAAUGCCUGUAAACGCCCUGAUGUUUGACAGGGGAUUAGGAUUCACCAUACUUACGAAACUGAUUUGCUGCAACGGGGUUUGGGGAUUUGGAUCAUCUGUUAAAUUUAAUUAUAUUUGAGUUAAGGCAAUUAGAUAUCAAUGACCUUUACUGAGAGGAUACUUUACACUAAACCCAACUAUCACUGUUAAUUCAAUGUAAUCACUGACCCAGCAUUUGUUCUUUAGGAUGAUCCAUUUUCAAAACCCUUAAAGGUCUUCUACACCAACAUCUAAACCGAAAAAUUUUCAAACUGUUGCAACAUACUUUGGUUCCUGUGGCCGACAUGCCGCAUGUGAUGUAUUAUGCACAGUGUCAGCUAUCGUAAAUUUCUGGUGUUACAUAAUGACAGAUGUGUCAAGCUGUAUUGUGCAAAAUUGUUGUUAGUCCGCUUGGAGAAUUUUUAAGAUCAUUGACAUUUUAAUUUCCCCUUUUCGUGCUCAUAUAUGACAUCAUUAGUAGUUCCUUACUGCUUGCUCUGUCAUCUGUGUCGUAUCAUUGUACAACUUUCUAAUAUAUAUUUUUUCAAACAAAAGGUCAUGGAAUGAUGUGUUUCUUAGUCUCUCUCUGGAUAUGAGCCUUAUGAUAUUCAUAGUCCUGAAGUAUCACAGUCUGUGUUGCCAAUGAGCUAAAAACUAGGAAUGGAACAGGUGAAUUCACAUUCAGCACGUUGCAUGCAUUUAAUACGUCAUUCGAGUCAAAUCUGCGUCAAGAUGUUGAAACAAACUGUUGGCACACAACCGUGUGUCCUUCCCGUCACAAUCUUCAUGAUUUCUCGGACCCUACGAUGUAGGUGAUCUCCGAGUGGCCGCAGUGUUUCAGGCUGCGGAAAGCUCAAAGUUAUUAUUUGUGGAAAAAAAGACAGAAAGGAGAAAACUGGGAAAAGGAUCGGAGGUAAUCUCCUACACUAUAUUUUGAACGUGGAGCUACAGAACAGAAAAUUAACUUGAAUUUUCAAGGGUAUAAGAGUUGGAUUAUUUACUGGUCGAACAACUAAGGGGCAGAGUUACAAAUAUCAGCUUCACAUUCAUACGUCGAUACUGUCCUACUAAGAAUAUUUUUGGUAGCAUUUUGAAUAAUGGUGUUCGUCGUCAACAAACUGUCAGGAGUCAAAUUGUACUGUAGAUGUCUAACACUAACACUUUCUUUCUUUUAAACAAUAUUCAUUCAGGGAAGUUCCAAUUGACUAUUCGAUUCAUCCCCGAAACACAUUCAAUAAAAUAAGCUUAUUGAGUAUCAAAAAAAAAUUAAUAAAUAAUCACAUAAUAUCCAUUAUAUUAUCUUUAUUUUUGGUUAAGAAUUUCAGUUAUUAUUUAACCCCCUCCGACACGGACAAUAAGAAACAUGAAAGCUGUUUUUAACCCCAGCAUUAAUAAAUCUGGCCUUUUGUCUGGCAUGGAAAUGGGAUUCAGUAUGUUAAGGAUAUUUAUAUGGAUGGGAUUUUUUGUAUCGUUUGAAUAAGCAAUAAAAUAUAAAUGACCGCAAACUCACUUCUUUUGAUAUUAACAAGAGUGUACUUUAAUUUAAAAAAAGCAAACCCAGCCACAUAAGCCCCAAAAUAUUCCCAUUAAGAUCAUUUAAGACAGAAACUAAGGAUGCGAUCUCCCAGAUUUACAGAUCCACGUAUGAGUUGAACUCUCAGUUUACAGAUAUUUUUAAAGCACAGUGGGAGACUUGGAAUGCGAUCCUAAAGUACAUAAUUUAUAAUAUAUCUAGUAGUGGACAGUGACUCAAGAAAUUGAAGAUUGUACAUUGUGUUCAAUUAACAAAAGCCAAAUUAUCCAAAAAUAAAUAUUGUCUCCCACUGCUCUGAUCCACAUGCCUGGUCGUACCCUGGUCUGCAUAGUCUCAUGGGGUUCAGUCUAUAAUAGCUCUGUGUGAUGCUUACUACAUACAAAUGAAACCAAAUCCUUUAACAAGCAUUUUCAGAGUAAAACGAGAGAAUGCUGCCUGGUCUAUGAAUAUUCAAAACACUAUUGGCGUUACCGCCGUUAGCCCCUCGUCUUAUCCUAAUUGACUGGAAUUAAGUGGUCGAAAAAUGUCAUUUUUACAUGGUCACAGGGAUAAAAAAAAAA